GCGGCUCGUGAUGACGUGUGGUGCGCGCGUGCGGGGCGCGUGCGCGUUGAGCGUCGCCGGUGACGGCGGCAUGUGAUGUUCCGGAGACGCGCGCUGCGGCGGCGGCUGGCGGCGGGCGGCGCGCCGGCGAUGGCCGACGACCAGCUCCGAAAGCUGGUGCGAGCCCUGGACGAGGGGGCCGUCGGCCAGACCUGCGUGCCCGGGUCGUCCCCGCUGCUUCUCGCCGCCACCCGUACCUUCCGUUUCCCCGACUUGAAGGAUCUGGCCGACCUUCGCCGCCUCCCCCAUUGCACCGAACGGCAGUGUUGCAACCCCUACCACUACGGACGUCUGUGCGAACCCGAAACGCCUCCGCCACCAUACUGUCGGUUCGCAAUGGAUGACCUCAAACCUAAAGAGCAUGGCGAAAAUACAAAAGAUGCAAGGAGGACCGACCACGAGCGGCUGGCGACGGGGUCCCUCGCCACUGACGGAGAAGAGCGUCAAAGCUGGGAGACGGAGUGGUGUAGGCUGGCGUACUGGGAGCUGGCGCGGCGGGUAGGGCGGCAGUUCGGGGUGCGGGUGCGGGCGGUCGACGUGUUCGGCGGGGGAGGGGGCGCGUGCGGCUCGGGCAGGCACGGGCUGUGCCUCGACGCUCUCGAUACGAAGGAACCGCAAGUUGAACAGGUGCGGAAAACCAGAGCGAAAAUCGGCUUAGGCGUAACCCUGUCCCUGGAGUCGGACGGGGUUUGGCUGUACAACAGGAGCCAGGAGCCAGUGUUCGUCAGCUCGCCGGCGCUCGACGCGGCGGCGGCCAAAGCGCUGCUCGUGUGGAGGGUCGCGCCUGGCCACUGCCUGUGCAUCUUCGACCCCGCCUCCCCCCCGCCCCCCACCACGCUGCCCCACGUGGGCCCCGUCGACCCCCGCUCGGUCCGCAUCUCCUUCGCCAAGGGCUGGGGCCCCAAGUACUCGCGGAGGGACGUGACCGCGUGCCCCUGCUGGCUCGAGGUGCUCCUCGCCCCCCCGAGCUGACGCAAAACUGUGUGUGAUCGGCAGUUCGACUGCCGCUAGUGUAGUGGAAACCGGACCAAGUGUUUACAGACUAUUUUUAAUUUUGGAAUACUGAGUGACGACGAAGGUUAUUCGAAUAUUGACAGUUUAUUUCGUUAAUUUUAAAUUUAUUCCAUUUUUAAAAUUACAGGUUUAUUUUUUUGGAAAUAAAUGAAAACGGCAAAGCAAGUGCCCGGACAAUUUUAAAAUAAUUAUUAUUGGUGUAUAUCGAAUACUUUCUCGUCCCUCAGUAUGAUUUGUGCAAUGAAGCAUUUUACCCCGUGGGGUUGGUUGUUUAACUUUUAAAAUAUAACAAUCGAGUCAUUAAAAUUAUAUUUAAUCAAAUGACAUAUUAUAUUAUACUUUAACUUAUAAUUUAAAUAGAUAGGAUCUUUCGUUUUUAAAACUCGUUCUCGUCGCACCUGUCGUUCGCCCCUUUUAUUCUAAUUUAUAUUUUAAUUUAGAGACACUGUAGAUAAAUGUAUUUUUAAUUUAGAUAAUAUUUUAAUUGAUAAAUCAUCGACAGGGGUUGACACGGCGCUCCUUCAUGUUGGACGAGCCAAUUCUGAAAGCGAGCGAGUUCUGUUACAAGGCAUAGGGCACACUCACAGUGAGCCCACACCCCAAUGUAUAAUUUCCCUAGGUCGCAUACACAGUCGUGUAUAAUUGUAUAGAUUGUAUAUAACUCGGCUUUAAGUAACGAGACUGUAUAUAUGAUGUAAUAUUAUGUACGAUAUAAUUGUAACUAUUUAUUAAGUAUAAAAUGCCUUACCUUAGCGUGUAACUAUUUAAUGUCCGUACAAAACAUGAUUUUUUCGCAAUUUUGUAUUGAGGAGCGAAGGCUGUGCGAAGCAUUUUAUCCGUUCGUCCCGAGGUCCAACAGCGGGGAGUAGGGUUAGGUUGUUGUAGAUCUGCCGACUUGCGACUGUGUUGAGUGCUGUCUGUUCCGACGUUCGCAUGCAAUAUAAAAUGGAUAAUCCGACGUAUACUUUCCAGAUAAUAGUCCCUAGCAUAAAUAGUAACGAAGCAUAAUUCGAAAUGCAAUAGUAAUAUAGAAACAUUGUAUAUUGCAUAUGAUCGUCAUACGUCUAAACACAUUAAACUUUGUGCCUUGCGUUGUAUUCAAAUUAAGAUAAAUAUAUAGGGUAAUGCAGUCAAUUUCACUGAAUAAAUAUAAGUAUAUACAUUAACUAUACAAAUUAUGUUUAUAUCUCGAAUUUAAGAGUUGCUCGGACGAAGUGAGAGGGGUUGACAAUAAGAAGUCUAGUCUAUACGGUCUCGCUUUGUCUGGCGCGCGGUGCAGGCCAGUGUGAAGGGAGCAUAUCUAACGGACGUCCAUGUGUACUCGGCUUUAUAUCGUUGCUGCUCGCCGGCGCAACCAGGGCUGCCACAAAGUGUUUUGGAUAAUCGAGACUCCAGGUUACUUAGAAAAGUUGCAUUGGAUAAUUUCGAUAGCAAAGUUAGAAGCGUCGCUAAGCGUUGUGCUUUCGAUACCUAUCGUGUAUUCAAAUUUUUGAUUUUUAACUUCGCCUUCGAAAGUAACGAAUGCAAGUUGACUAAGUACCCAGUUAAGGUAUAUUUUACAUUUUGUUGGCAACUGGGUGUUGUACUGGUGGGCUAAGGUUUAAAUUGACAAAUCUACUAUUUUCAUCGUGAAAAAAAUUAUGUCACCAACAUAAUGGUAUCAUAAUUUCAUCUCAUUGAAUUAGUAGACUCUGCAUUGGUUCGGGACCUGAUAUUUAAUUGAUAAAGGAUGUUUUUUAAAUGUUUUAAACUUGUCAGUUGAAUCUCUGUGUACCACAAUGUAAGCUAGAACUGUUCAAAGUGUUGCAGUAUUUAUUUUAAAUAUAAAAUUUCCAAAUUUUUUUUUGUAAUAAUUCCGAUUAAAUGUGCGAGGACAGAUCCGGCUUACCACUUUUCGAUCUUAUUCUUUGACAAUAAUUUUCAAAAGUGGUACUAAUCUGUUCGAUCUGUAUCGACGUAAUUCUUUAAACUUAAUUCCUUUAUUUUUCAACAUAUUAUCUAUUUAUAACUAAAGUCCUUCUAUAAAUUCGAGGUACUAUUUUUAAAUUACGCUUGAGAAGAAUUUUGUGACUUGGUAACUUUUUUCUGUUUGUUACUGCAAUACGUGAACAAGUCGCUUUGCCUUAUUGCGAUAAUAAGUAUUUUUGUAAUACCAAUAGAAAAAUAUAAAUGUUGAUGCACAACGUGCAAGCAUUAUCCGUUAUAUAAAGUACAUUUAUUUAUUGUAAACAAUUUUAGUCACUAUAUUAGACUGAUCGUACGCCUUAUAGUUUUAGUAAUAUCAGCCUUUUGUAACAGAAAAACAUUUCAUUUUAUAAUCAAUAUUUAAUUAAUGUGCGGUCACACGCGUCGCGUUCCGCUGCGUCUGUGAACCGAUUUAACAUCAAAUGUACUUAACAGGAAAUAUGGAAUAUAAAAACAAAAUGGCUGAUAUUGCUAAAACAUCUGUAAAUGUUAUUUGUAAAUAGCAACUCCGAUUCGCCCGUUAUAUGUGAGUUUCACGGGUGAAUACUUAAACACUUCUUAAAUUAAGAGGCACUUAAGAUAGCCUUGCUUUCUGUCAAGAUAGUAAUUGUUUUUAGGGGCAUCCUACUUUAAGUGGAGUUUAAGAAUUGAACCGUGAAGAGUGAAUGAGAUUAUGGCAUGAUAAAUUAUAAAUAAACAAAGAGAAUAUUUUUA